UCGGAAGUGCAACCUUGCAAAGUCAAGGUCGUCCUUGCCGGUACAGCUGAAGGUCGAUCGGACGAACACCAUCACAGGCAAAGAUGACUACUAAGUACACAAUCGUGUUUGUCAGGCACGGGGAGAGUGAAUGGAAUAAAUUGAACAAAUUCUGUGGCUGGUUUGAUGCCGAUUUGUCAGAGCAGGGAUGUGAGGAGGCAAAAAAUGCUGGAAAGAUGUUGAAGGAGAAGGGUUACGUGUUUGAUGUAGCCUUCACCAGUGUUUUGAAGCGAGCAAUAAAGACCCUGUACUUAGUCCAGGAUGAGAUGGACAACCAUUGGAUCCCUGUCACAAGGCACUGGAGACUCAACGAGCGUCACUAUGGAGGAUUACAAGGCCUGAAUAAGGCAGAGACAGCAGCCAAACACGGAGAGGCACAGGUCAAGAUUUGGAGACGAUCAUACGAUGUUCCCCCACCGGCUUUGGAGGAUGGAGAUGAAAGACUUUCUUCCAAUGAUGCAAAAUAUGCACAUUUGGAUGCAUCAGUUGUUCCAAGAUGUGAAUGCCUCAAAGACACCGUGGCAAGAGUACUUCCUUACUGGCACGACAUAAUAGUCCCAACAAUUAAAUCCGGCCAGAGGGUCCUUAUAUCUGCUCACGGUAACAGUCUGAGGGCACUGGUCAAAUACCUCGACAACAUUUCUGAUAAAGAAAUUCCAGAAUUAAAUAUCCCUACUGGUAUUCCCCUCGUAUACGAGCUUACCGCCGACAUUAAGCCUGUAAAAAGUUACUACCUGGCUGACGAAGCUCAGGUCAAGGCUGCAAUGGAGAAAGUAGCCAAUCAGGGCAAGGCUAAGCAGUAGGCUGCCAUGGCAACGAUUGACACACAAGACUGAUUCACCACAAGGGUGUUGAGCGUCACAGAGAUUUGAGCACAAGUUUCAUUACUCGCAUUUGUUUCAAUGUAUGCAUCUUGUUGUUUGAUAUUUGUUAAAGAUCUGCUAUGAAACAUCUGCAGUUCAUCGAUAUACACUUAGAAGUGUAAACUGCAGUGCUAAUAGACAGUUGAUAGCUAGGCUUGAAACUCAAUAAUAUUAAGUCAACAUCUGUGCUACUUUUUUGAAAUUAUUUUUACUGUGGAAGUUAUUUUUGUAGUCUGGAGAUUAUUUAUCGAGGAAAUAUGGUUUUUAACUUAUAUUUAAUGUAAACCUAAUUUCUAUUAUAUUUAUAAUGUUUGUCCAAAAUCUACCCUUCCCUGCCAUUUAAGGUGUGUUUAUAGUUGCUUCCUGUAGAAAUCCGCAUGUCAUGUAAAAGAUUUUGAAGAUAUUAUGGUGCAAAUUUAAUCACUUUUUUGUCAAAUUUGGUGUCAAGAUAUUCCACUCAUUCCAUUGCCAGCUAGCAAACCUUGCAUAAUUGUAUACUUAAUGAAUCUAGAUUUACUGACAGAUCUAUCUAAAGUGUUGAAUUGGAAAAUAAAAUGUUUUAGUUCAGUU